AUGUUCUGCUCCUAUCAGUGUCUUGGUGUUGUAUUCUGCCUGUUUUUUCAUAGUAUUGUUUUUUUCCCACAGCUCACACUGACCGAGGAGCAGAAUGAAGUGAGUAGAAACGGCUGUGAGUCAAAGGAGCUGGUCUUCCUGGUGCAAGUGGCGUGUCAGGGCCGCAGCUGGAUCGUUAAAAGGAGUUAUGAAGAUUUUAGGGUGCUGGACAAACACCUCCAUCUAUGUAUAUAUGACCGGCGCUUCUCUCAGCUCUCAGAGCUGCCCCGUUCCGACGCCGUGAAGGACAGUCCAGAGCUGGUCACACAGAUGCUGAUGGCUUACCUGACACGCCUGUCAGCCAUCGCCGGAAACAAGAUCAACUGUGGGCCAGCCCUGACGUGGAUGGAGAUCGAUAAUAAAGGAAACCAUUUGCUUGUGCAUGAAGAGUCAUCCAUCAAUGUUCCGGCCAUUGCUGCUGCUCACGUUAUUAAACGCUACAAUGCACAGGCUCCAGAUGAACUGUCCUUUGAGGUGGGGGAUAUUGUGUCUGUUAUUGACAUGCCACCAAAAGAACUAACCACGUGGUGGAGGGGGAAGCAUGGCUUCCAGGUUGGCUUUUUUCCCAGUGAAUGUGUGGAAUUAAUUAAUGAUAAAGUUCCUCAGUCAAUGACCAACUCUGUUCCAAAACCAGUGUCCCGGAAACACGGCAAGCUGAUCACAUUCCUGAGGACCUUCAUGAAGUCCAGACCCAGCAAGCAGAAGCUGAAGCAGCGUGGGAUCCUGCGGGAACGGGUGUUUGGUUGCGACCUCGGGGAGCAUCUUCUCAACUCUGCCCAAGAUGUACCCCAGGUCCUCCGAAGCUGCACAGAGUUCAUAGAGAAACAUGGCAUUGUGGAUGGAAUAUACCGCCUGUCUGGGAUUGCCUCCAAUAUACAGAAACUACGACAUGAGUUUGACUCGGAGCAGAUUCCAGACCUCACUAAAGAUGUCUACAUCCAGGAUAUUCACUGUGUUGGCUCCCUGUGUAAACUCUACUUCCGAGAGCUCCCCAAUCCACUGCUGACAUACCAACUCUAUGAAAAAUUUUCUGACGCUGUGUCGGCCGCAACAGAUGAAGAGAGACUAGUGAAGAUCCAUGAUGUCAUUCAGCAACUGCCUCCUCCACAUUACCGGACGCUGGAGUUUCUUAUGCGCCAUUUAUCCCGCCUUGCAACCUACUGCUCCAUCACCAACAUGCACACCAAGAACCUGGCUAUUGUGUGGGCCCCCAACCUCCUCCGAUCUAAGCAGAUUGAGUCUGCGUGUUUCAGUGGGACAGCAGCGUUCAUGGAGGUGCGCAUCCAGUCGGUCGUGGUGGAAUUUAUCCUGAACCAUGUGGAAGUUCUGUUCAGUCCUAAGCUCAGCUCUGUCAUACGUGAUAGUGCAGGUCACACAUCCCUGUCUCGGCCCAAAUCUCUUCUGGUUUCUUCUCCAUCCACAAAGCUCCUCAGCCUGGAAGAGGCUCAAGCACGGACACAGGCACAGAUCAAUUCCCCAGUGGUGGCUGACAGCAAAUACAUUGAGGUGGGGGAAGGACCAGCUGCCCUGCAGGGCAAGUUCCACACAGUCAUUGACUUCCCAUCUGAGAGGAAAAGACCUCCACCUAAGAUGAAGAAGUCCCCGGUAGGCAGCUGGCGCUCCUUCUUUAACUUGGGAAAGUCCUCAUCAUCAUCAUCCAUGUCCAAGAGGAAAUUGACCCGCAAUCCAAGUGAACCCACUGAGAUGAAGGCCAUGGCCAUGGCAGGAGGAAGAGGUGACACAGGAACCAUGCGUUCAGCUAAGAGCGAAGAGUCGCUGAGUUCUCUGCAUGCCACUGACAUGGAGUCAAAACUUUUCCGACCAAGGCGCCCACGCUCCAGCAGUGAUGCCCUGUCUGCUUCCUAUAAUGGGGAUCUGCGCGAUGGAUGUAACCGCUGUAAUUCUUAUGAUAAUCUACCACAUGAUCAGGACAGCGAUGGUGAUGAAGGACUUAUUCACGUACCUGCUAUGUUAAGUUCUCGUUCUCAUGAUGAUGAGGAUCUGAGUCCACCUGAUAUUGGUGUGGCCAGUUUAGAUUUUGAUCCAAUGUCCUUCCAGUGCAGCCCACCAAAGCUGGACAGUGAUGGGCUGGAUAGUAACAAUCUGUUCCAUAUUGACACCACUCCAAGCAGCAGCAGAGAGAGAUUUCAGAUUGGAGCCCAAACACCUGCCAGUGGCAACAGCUCUGAGCCCAUGUCCCCUUUCCAGGAGAGGCUGAUCAGUCCUUUCCUAACACCUGAUCGCAGUCCCAGUGCGGAGAAGAUUCCAAAAGGCCCAUCCUUUGCUGAGAAAGUUGUCCAGGCUCUGUCCCCAAAGGUGGGUCGCAAAGCCGUCCGAUCUCCACCCCUUACCAUUUCAGACCCAGUCACAGUUACACUGCCCAGCCGGGUGUCAGAAAUGAUUGGAAAUAUGCAGUUUGCGGGUGGAAUUUCUCAGUCUCCUAUAUGGUACAAGGAAAGUGUAAUCAGAGAUUUGGGGACUCUGCAAGCUGCUGUAUCUAAGUCAGGAGACUUUGGACUUGGCCAACUCUCUAUAUCAGCAGCACAAGAAUCUCCAUGGACGUUGGACUCUACACUCAUCUCUCAAUGGAACAGUGGUGGAGCUGAGAGAGAAGAUACCACAGGGAACAUUUCACCAGACACAUCUCAUGUUAUAUGUAGCACGGACCUAGUAUAUACUGACAACAGCAACCAGGAAUUCAACUCCAGUAACAAAGCUGGAUCAUCUCAAAGAGGGGAAACUGAAUUGUCAGGAUUAGAGCAGAACAAGUCCAUCCUCACUGUGCCUACAUCUCCAGGAUCAUGUGUCAUGGAGUCUCCCAUGGAUCCAGUCCCUGUCACCACUGUUUCCUUCAUUCCUCCCCCACCACCUCCGAAAAAUGCUGCCAGGAUGCUGGCGUUGGCCCUGGCUGAGUCAGCCCAACAAGUUUCUUCUCAGAAGAGACCACCCUACCUCCAAUUCAUGGAUUUACCACUGCCUCCACCCCCAGAGGAAGAGCCACCGCCAGAGCUGCCACCACAAAAGCUGUCUCCACCACUAGCUGCCACCACUGAGAUGAAUCCUGCCAUUACAUCAGAGCCCAACACCAGCUCAUCAUUCUCCAUCACCACUAUCCACUACAGCCCUGUGAGAUGUCAGAAUCCAAUGCCAGGACCAAAUCCAUCUGCCAUUACCCCCGGAUUGAGCCCUUCCACUCAGGUACAUAGACACUUGAGAGCCCAAGAAUUCAGUUUUUUAAUACAUUAA